AUGGGAGAUAAUUUCCAAAACAAUAAAACUAUGGCGCCUGUUAUGAUGGACUAUGAAUUUAAAAUUAAAACUCAAAAUGAACGGUCCAAAGUUGAGGAUUUGUUUGACUACGAAGGAUGUAAAGUAGGCCGAGGAACCUAUGGUCAUGUUUACAAAGCCAGAAGAAAAGACGGUUCCGAUACGAAAGACUAUGCUUUAAAACAAAUAGAAGGUACCGGUCUUUCUAUGUCAGCGUGUCGUGAAAUUGCGCUACUCAGAGAACUGAAGCAUCCAAAUGUUAUUAAUUUGAUCAGAGUAUUUUUAUCACAUACUGAUCGUAAAGUUUGGUUAUUAUUUGACUAUGCAGAGCAUGACCUGUGGCACAUCAUAAAGUUUCACAGAGCAGCCAAAGCAAAUAAAAAAUCUGUUAUGGUCCCAAAAGGAAUGGUCAAAAGCUUGUUGUAUCAAAUAUUAGACGGAAUUCACUAUCUACAUUCAAACUGGGUUUUGCAUAGAGAUUUGAAACCGGCCAAUAUCCUUGUUAUGGGGGAAGGUCCAGAGAGAGGCAGAGUUAAGAUAGCUGACAUGGGAUUUGCAAGACUUUUUAAUGCACCAUUGAAACCAUUGGCUGAUCUUGAUCCUGUAGUGGUAACAUUCUGGUACCGAGCUCCAGAGUUACUACUUGGUGCUCGACAUUACACUAAAGCUAUAGAUAUAUGGGCUAUUGGUUGCAUAUUUGCUGAAUUGCUUACUUCUGAGCCUAUAUUUCACUGCCGUCAAGAAGAUAUCAAAACAAGCAAUCCAUACCAUCAUGAUCAAUUAGACAGAAUAUUUAAUGUAAUGGGAUUCCCUCAAGAGAAAGAUUGGGAGGAUAUUAGAAAAAUGCCUGAACAUGCCACUCUAGUUAAAGACUUCAAGAGGUCUAAUUACCAGAAUUGUUCGCUAAGUAAAUAUAUGGAUAGACACAAAAUCAAGCCUGACAGUAAGGCAUUUAGUCUGUUACAACGGCUUCUUCUAAUGGAUCCCAAUAGACGAAUAACAUCAGAGCAAGCUAUGCAAGAUCCAUACUUCUCUGAAGAUCCUUUGCCUACACAAGAUGUUUUCGCUGGCUGUCCAAUACCAUAUCCAAAGAGAGAAUUCUUAACAGACGAUGACCAAGAAGAUAAAAGUGACUCAAAGGCGAGACAAAACCAACAACAACAACAAACAAAUACUCAACAAAACCAAGUUCAAGCAAACAGUCAUGACCAUGCGGCAAAUAAUGCUAAAAGAAUGAGAAUGUCAGGUCCAAAUCAAGGCAAUAACGCUUCGGGUAAUCAACAACAGGAAUUCCAUCAACAACAACAAAUGAUGUUCGGACAACAGGGUGGGGGACAGCAACAACAGAAUUUCCAACAACGAUUUUGA